CCGUCAGUUUCAUUCAUUCAAUUUUGUGACGGAGAAGGGAAACGACAAAGUGGAGUGUAUUAUUUUUGAGAAAUAAUUCGUUUAUUUAGUCAAAAUAGCCAUUUUCAAGAUGAACAAAGUAAUUUUCAUUUGUGUGUUAUCGCUGUCCAUGUGCCUCAGUGCUCCUACCGAUGACCAGGUAAAACCUCCAGUAUUAGAAGCAGGUGCUAAGGCAGCCGCACCACACACUGAGGCAAAGGCUCCGGAAACCGGCAAAGUGCCUGAAGCUCCGGUCCACACAGCCAACGCAACUGCACCCACCACACCACAAGCUACCAACGCCACAGCCGUCACACCAGCUGCAACCACCAACCACACCAACGAGACCAAGCCCACCAACUCUACCGUACCAGAGAACAAAGCUGAUGACAAAAAGCAUGAAGAAGCUAAACCAGUCCCUUCAAAGGAUACCAAGAAUGAAACCAAGCCAGCUCCUACGGUUCAGCCGACAACCGUCAAGCCUACUGAGCAGCCUGCCCCUAAAGCGCCCACUGAUAAGAACACUCCUACCCCAGCAAAGACAACUGAAGCACCCAAAACUGAUGACACAACACAUCUUGUGAAAUCAUCCCGCGGGUUUGAUGGAGCAAGCUUCGUUGGUGGCAUCAUCAUGACCCUGGGUCUGCUAGCUAUUGGGUUCAUUGGCUUGAAAUACUACAGGACCCAAACUGAAAGGAACUACCAUACCCUUUAAGCCCUCCACUAUAGUAUGUUGUUACUUUAGUAUCACUUUGUAUCUAUCCCUAAGUGCACUUGUAAGUUUAUUUUGCAUAUUUUUUUACGUUUCUGUUAAUUUAAGUGCACUUGCAUAGUCCCCUAAGAAAUUCAGUUAAUUUUUCAAUUUCCGUUUAUUUUGGUGGCUGGUCACAUGCAUAGGUGUAAUUAUUUUUCGAAUUUAUUUUGAUUAGAAUGAUAUUUUUAUGUGUACAUGUUGCCACUUUUGUUUAGAUUAUUAGAUUAGAGAAAUUUGUAAAUUUUUGUUUAGAUUUAUUUUGUUUAAUUAUUCCUUCCACUACGUGUGGUCAGUGGCAGACUUGUCAGAAUGUCGCCGCCUAGAGGCCGCUGACCUGUCCUGACCUGAGGACCACUUGGCAUUUAUAUUCACAUUUAUAAUAAUUAUUUAGUCUGCUUUUUCAGACCAAAAGGCAACUAACUACGAGAUUUUGAAAAAAACAUGUGUGAUCCUAUUAAAACAAAUUUAAAUUAGUAUUAUAUUAGAAAUUAUUACUCGAAUUUGAAGAUAUUUUAAAAGUUAUAUCUAUACGUGAUGUUGAAUAUACCUACAUAUUUGUGUGCAAUUUAGCAUAAGAAUCACUCUUACUUGAAUAGUGCCAUGCCCAAAAGCAUCAAGAUAAUAUGUUUUAUUUUCUGACUUAAACAAGAAUCUGCAAUAUUAUAAAAGCUUACCUGAAAUCUCAAAGAUACUGUGUAAUUUUAAGUAUGUAAUAAGUGUUUUUUUAAGUCAACACAAUGUGAUGAUGAAAUAAGGGUCUAAUAUUAAUGCUGGUUCCAUGCAAUUAAGAACUUAUCUCUAAUACAUAAUUGCUUUACGUGGGUCAUAUGGCAAUGUCUUGGUUGCAUGGGGCCCUUUAUACUUUUUCAUAGUGAUUUUGCAUGCUCUUUAGAUCAAUUCGAAGAUGUUUCGAUUCCAUCCUGAAGUGCUCUUAAACCGGAUUCUAAAAAGUAUCAUUCAAAUUAUAAUGAAACAGAUGUAGGUUUUCAAUGUAUUCUCACAUAAUAAUCGCUACUUUUCAUCACCAUGUCACUGGCGAAUUUAUGUUUAAUAAUAUUAAUAAAGGUGUAUACCAAA